AUGGUGAUAACCCAUAGCAAUCUUGCUUCUCUAACGGAUUCUUCCUCUAAUACUCUCUUAUCUACGGCUUUCCGCCUCGUCCCUUCAAUUUCGCGGUUUCUAAUGAGUCACAAUAUUCAUCGAUAUUAUGCAGAGCCUAUCGUAGGCAUUGAUUUGGGCACAACAAACUCCUGUGCCGCGUUGUUCCGGCCGGGGAAGGCUCCUUUGAUUGUUACAAAUCAAGGUGGCCGCACCACACCUUCAGUGGUAGGUUUUAGUCAAAAUAAGGUCCUAGCCGGUCCAGAAGUCUUGCAACAUCCUGAUAUACCGGCAACUGCAAGGAUUUCGGCGGCUAAACGGCUUAUGGGACGUAAAGUGGCCGAUGCCGAGGUGCAGGAGCACGCAAGACAGGUGCCCUACCAAGUAGUUGCCCAUACGAAUGGAGAUGCCUGGAUUGCUGUUAAUAAUCAAAAGUACUCCCCGCCGGAAAUAGGAGCGGCUAUCUUGCGAUCGCUAAAAGAGGCCGCUGAGGCCCAGAUAGGCACAAAAAUAAGUAAAGCAGUGAUUACUGUGCCGGCCUAUUUCAACGAUGUGCAACGGAAAGCCACUAAAGCUGCCGGGGAAAUUGCUGGUUUAGAGGUUAUUCGGGUGAUUAAUGAGCCUACGGCUGCAGCUUUGUCUUAUGGUAUAGAUCCUAGUAAGAACGGUACAGUUGCGGUGUAUGAUCUAGGUGGAGGCACUUUUGAUAUCUCAAUUUUAGAAAUCAAAGAUGGACUUUUUGAAGUUCGAGCUACUAAUGGUAAUAGUCAUCUUGGCGGCGAAGAUUUUGACAGUUUAAUCGUACAGCAUCUUUUGGAUCAAAUCAAGCAACAAACUGGGCAUACGCUUUCUUCGCCAGCAGCUAUUCAGCGCGUGCGUAUGGCCGCGGAAAAGGCCAAAUGCCAGCUCUCUACCCAGGACACGGCCGCUAUAAACCUGCCUCAUUUAGAGGAUAGAGCCGGACGGCCUGUGCAUUUCCAGUACACUUUGACUCGUUCCCAACUAGAAGAAUUGAUUGCUCCUUUGAUUCAGCGCACUCUGCAACCCUGUCGAUCUGCCCUGGCGGAUGCUGGUCUGCAAAAAGGCCAGAUAGAUCAUGUGGUAGUGGUGGGAGGUAUGACCCGGAUGCCAGCAGUUCGCCAGGCCGUCACUGAUCUGUUUGGUAAACCUCCUAUUCUAGGCGUUGAUCCGGAUGAAGCAGUGGCUGUUGGUGCGGCAAUUCAAGGCGGGAUUUUGACGGGCCAAGUUAAAUCUGUUCUUUUGGUUGAUGUAGCUCCGCUUAGUCUGGGUAUUGAGACCCUUGGGGGUAUUUUUAACCGGAUUGUUACCAAGAAUACUACGAUUCCUACCAAGCGCACCCAAACCUUCACUACGUCGGAGGAUGGCCAAACUUCCGUUCGAAUUAAGAUCUAUGAAGGCGAGCGACCCUUGGUAGCACACAACAAAUACCUUGGCGAAAUUGUCCUUGAUCACAUUCCGCCUUUGCCCAAGGGCACGCCUCAAAUCGAAGUGACCUUCCAGGCCGAUGCUAAUGGCAUGUACACUGUUGCUGCUACCAACAAAGAGACCCGCCAGCAACACCAAAUUACUAUAGAUCCAGCAGGCGGGCUCACUGAAGCCGAAAUCCAGCAAAUCAUCCAGGAUGCCGCUGCUAAUCGGGCCCAGGACGAAGCGGCCAAAGCUCUUAUUGAAGAGAAGCGCAAAGCCAGUGAGUAUCUCGCUAGCCACAAAGAGUCACGAGAGCGCACUAAUACUCUUCUCUCAGACCUUCAGAAACAAGAGCUAGACAGUUUAGCCCUCAAACUUCAAGACAAGAUUAUUAAUCCCCAAACCACCCAGCCUGAGCUGUCCCAAGCCCUCCAACACCUCCGGCAAGCAGCUGGCAAAGCCUGGUCAUAA